AUGAAACAGUUUCUGCAGUGCAUUCUCCUGACUGUCGGAGUGGUCACUGGGUACCGCAGUCCUCUGAAUGACUUCCAGCGCUCGGAGGGCCGAGAGCUCGUUCCUACCUCCUGGAACUCUGCUCGAGUGCAGAUUUUACCAGGCCUGAACCUUGAGGACUGUGCCACACGCUGCUCACAGUCACUGGACUGCAGAGCUUUCAACUAUGAGACUCGUCCAGUUGUCACCUGUAAACAUCUGCCCUGGGUGGGUGAUGGCACCAAUGCAGAAGUGAAGAGAAACGUGAACUGUGAUCUUUACGAGAAGAAGGUCUAUGUAAGGAAGUGCAUUGUGGGUAAAGGGGAAGACUAUCGAGGCAAAGUGUCCACCACAAGAAGCGGACUCACCUGCCAACAGUGGUGGUCCAAAUUUCCUCACGAUCACAGGUGGACUCCUACAGCUACCAAUGGUCUGGAGCUGAACUACUGCAGGAAUCCGGAUGGGGAUCGGAUCGGUCCGUGGUGCUACACCACCGACCCGGAGCGACGCUAUGAAAGCUGCAACAUUCCCCAAUGCAAAGAUGAGGUGUGCAUCACGUGUAAUGGAGAGGACUACAGGGGCCAGGUUGACCACACUGUGAAUGGCAGAGAGUGUCAGAGAUGGGACCAGCAGUACCCUCACCAACACAUCUACCAACCUGAAAAGUACCCUGAUAAGAGUUUAGAUGAUAACUACUGCCGUAAUCCUGAUGCUUCUCCGGUGCCUUGGUGUUACACCACUGACCCUGAGGUGGAAAGGGAAAACUGUGACAUCAGCCGAUGUACUGAAGUUCACGUUGAGAAGCGCCAGCGCUCCAGCUUCACCACCAACUGUUUCCGUGGGCGCGGGGAGGAUUACCGCGGGAAAGUCAACGAGACCACGUCAGGCAUCCCCUGCCAGCGGUGGGAUGCCCAGCAACCCCAUGAGCACCCCUUCUACCCAAACAUAUAUGAGUGCAAGGGUUUGGAGGAGAACUACUGUCGUAACCCAGACGGGUCGGAGGCUCCCUGGUGCUUCACAUCUGUCCCAGCGAUGAGGACUGCUCUCUGCUUGCAAAUCAAACGCUGUGCAGACGACAUAGAAGCUGAGGACUGUUACCAGGAAAACGGAAGAAACUACAGAGGCACUGUGCGUAAAACUCGUAAGGGCAUAAUCUGCCAGAAAUGGAACGUUAACACGCCUCACAGGACAAAGAUAAACCCAAGAACCCAUCCAGAUGCCAAUCUGACAGAAAACUAUUGUCGCAACCCAGAUGGUGACCAUCACGGACCCUGGUGCUACACCACAGACCACAAAACAGAGUUUGACUACUGUGCCAUCAAACAGUGCGCUGGGGAGAAAGUGUCUAUCACUGAACCAGUAGAAAAAGUGGAGUUUAGCGAGUGUGGAAAGAGAGAGGACCGGUUCCGUACGAAUCCCAUACUGCGUAUAGUGAACGGGAUUCCUGGGAACUCACCUUGGACGGUGAGCCUGAGAGACAGAAAAGGAAACCACUUCUGUGGAGGAUCCCUGGUUAAUGCUAGAUGGGUGAUCAGCACCAAACAGUGUUUCUCCUCCUGCUACGUUGACCUGCCUGGAUAUUCAGCCAUGAUGGGAACGCUGUUUCGUGAUCCUCAAGAAGGAGAACCCGGUGUGCAAACCAUCCCUCUCACUAAGAUUGUUUGCGGACCUUCUGAGUCUCAACUGGUCAUGCUACAACUGGAAUACCCGGCCGAGUUUAAUGAGCGUGUCUCUCAGAUUUGCCUCCCUCCUGAGCGCUACAUUGUAAGCGAGGGGACGAGGUGUGAAAUUGCAGGAUGGGGCGAGACAAGAGGGACUGGUAAUGAGGCUGUCCUCAAUGUGGCCCACAUGUCUGUUAUUAGUAACAAGGAGUGCAACAAAUACUUCAGAGGUCGUGUUCGUGAAAAUGAGAUGUGCACAAACGCCUUCCAAGCUGGAGUAGGUGCGUGCGAGCGAGACUACGGCGGACCUCUGGCGUGUCAGAACAGGGACUGUUGGGUACUCGAGGGGGUGAUCAUCCCCAUGAGGCGCUGUGGACACCCGGGGCAGCCCAACAUCUUUAUCCGCGUGUCUAUGUACGUGGACUGGAUAAAGAAAGUCAUGGAGAUGGCUUAGAAAGAGAGAGCGCCGUCAAACACAGAACUGAUUAUUCUGAGUAUUAUCAAAACUUGCGAGACCUUUUCAUGCGCUGAACAUGUACACUUUUCCUCUUCUCAGAUUCUUUGUCUAUAAAAUCUAUCCCUAACACAA